UCAGAACGCGCGUGUUCUGGACCGCUUCGCGUUUUUAUAUUCGGCAUCUCGAUCAAAUGGUAGAUGAAAUAACUUGAAUUAUGUCUACGGGUAAAAAGGGAGGGAAAGGACCUCCUAAACUAGGCAAUGAUAAGAAGGACUCCAAUGACACAGGUAGUAACAAGGAUCCGAAGGAAAAAGAAAAGGAUGACGUUAUCAGCAGCUCUCCUGUCGAAGCAGACGAUGUACCAGCUCCAAAACCUCAAAGUGCUGGAGCAAGCAUACGAGAUGCUGCCCAGAAAGUUCUCAAUCUGUGCCAGAAAGGAGAAUGGGGACCGGUGGAGCAAGUGCUCAAAUCUAUGGAAAAGGCCAUAGCGAAUGCUGGUGAAGAAGUGAAUACGGUACCACUUUCUGGAGUUAUCGAUCUGGUAACGGGUAUGACACCUUUGAUGUAUGCCGUGAAAGACAAUAGGACCUCCCUUGUCGACAGGAUGAUCGAAUUAGGAUCCGAUGUCUCUGCAAGGAAUAACGAUAAUUAUAAUGUUCUUCAUGUAGCAUCCAUGCAUUCUCGUGAAGAUGUGGUAAAACUUCUUCUAACCAAAAAAGGUGUGGAUCCAUAUUCCACAGGAGGGAGUCGGAAUCAGACUGCUGUUCAUUUGGUUGCAUCCAGGCAAACUGGGACUGCCACAGCUAUUUUGAGGGCUCUUUUGGCAGCUGCUGGAAAGGAUAUAAGAUUGAAACCUGACGCGAAAGGAAAAAUUCCACUUUUAUUAGCAGUUGAAGCCGGAAAUCAGUCAAUGUGCCGUGAACUGCUCAGUGCCCAAACCUCGGACCAACUGAAGGCUACAUCUGCCAAUGGAGACACUGCCCUCCAUCUGGCAGUCAGAAAGAAGGACAUCGAUAUGGUUCGUAUUUUGGUCGAUUACGGUACCUCAGUCGAUAUAAGAAACGGCGAGGGGCAGACUCCUCUGCAUAUUGCAGCAGCAGAAGGUGACGAGACAAUGGUCAAGUAUUUCUACGGAGUGAGAGCUUCAGCAAGCAUUGCAGAUAACCUAGACAGGACCCCUAUGCAUUUGGCUGCCGAAUAUGGUCACGCCAACAUCAUAGAGCUUUUAGCUGACAAAUUCAAAGCGAGUAUUUUGGAGAGAACCAAAGAUGGAUCUACGCUGAUGCAUAUUGCGUCCUUGAACGGGCAUGCAGACUGCGCUAUGAUGCUUUUCAAGAAAGGUGUUUUUCUUCACAUGCCAAAUAAGGAUGGUGCAAGAAGUAUUCAUACUGCUGCCAGGUAUGGACAUGUAGGAAUAAUAAACACACUCCUACAGAAAGGAGAAAAGGUUGACGUUACCACUAAGGAAAAUUAUACAGCACUUCACAUAGCUGUUGAGUCGUGUAAACCCAUAGUCGUAGAAACUCUAUUAGGAUAUGGUGCUGAUGUUCACAUACGAGGGGGAAAACUCAGAGAAACUGCUCUUCACAUAGCUGCUCGAGUGAAAGACGGCGAGAGAUGUGCUCUUAUGCUCCUCAAAUCUGGAGCAGGUCCCAACCUCGUGACCGAUGACGGUCAAACACCGGUUCAUGUUGCAGCGCAAUACGGAAACUUACAAACUUUACUGCUGCUACUCGAAGACGGUGGAGACCCUCAGUUCAAAAACAAGCUAGGAGAGACCCCACUUCACCUUGCGUCUAGAGGUUGUCGUUCAGAUGUGGUCGAGCAUUUGAUACAAUAUGUCAAAGACAGCAAGGACGAUGAUGCUGCAACAAAUUACGUGAACGAAGUAAACGAAAAAUUCGAAAGCGCCCUUCAUUAUGUAUCGACCGUUAAUUCCGAAGAGGUUGAAAUUCCCGAUACUGACAGACUAACAUGCAAAGCCCUGUUGGAAAGUGGUGCAGAUGUAAACCUUGAGACUCCCCACCAAGAGACUUCUUUCCAUUACGUUGCAAUAGCUGGCAACAACAACGUACUUAUGGAGAUAAUUGGUCAUAUGUCCAAUACCGAUAUCCAGAAAGCUUUAAACAAACAGAAUAACAGUGGCUGGACACCUUUGCUUAUCGCUUCCCACAAAGGCCAUGAUCAUAUGGUCAAUAACCUGUUAGCAAACCACGCCAGAGUUGAUGUUUUCGACAUCGAAGGUAGAUCCGCUCUGCAUUUAGCAGCUGAACGUGGUUUUCUCCCAAUCUGUGACUCAUUACUAACUCAUAAGGCUUUCAUAAACUCCAAAUCACGAAAUGGUCGUACUGCCCUCCAUCUGGCAGCUAUGAACGGCCAUGUACACCUCGUGAAGUUCCUCAUCAAAGAUCAUCACGCUGUUAUUGAUAUUUUAACGUUGAAGAAACAAACCCCCCUUCAUUUAGCUGCAGCAGCUGGUCAAAUAGAAGUCUGCAAGCUUUUGUUAGAACUAGGCGCGGAUAUUGACGCUACAGAUGAACAAGGACAGAAACCAAUACAUACGGCGUGUCGUAAUAAUCAUUCAGAAGUUGCUAAAUUAUUUCUUCAGCAGCAUCCAAGCUUGGUUAUGGCAAUGACAAGAGAUGGCAAUACUUGCGCGCAUAUUGCUGCUGCUCAGGGUAGUGUGACUGUGAUAGAAGAACUCAUGAAAUUCGACAGGCAGGGAGUUAUUAAUGCGAGGAAUAAACUGACUGACGCAACACCCCUCCAAAUAGCUGCAGAAGGUGGUCAUGCUGAAGUUGUGAAAGCUUUAGUGAGAGCGAAUGCGUCAGUAAAUGACGAGAAUAAAGCUGGAUUCACCGCUGCUCAUCUGGCUGCUAGAAAUGGCCACGGGCAAGUGUUGGAAGUGUUACGUUCAUCCAAUACUCUGAAGCUUACUAGUAAAAAAUUGGGGGUAACUCCUUUACAUGUCGCUGCCUAUUUCGGCCAAGCUGAUACGGUUAGAGAACUCCUCACACACGUACCUGGUACUGUCAAGUCUGAAGUUCCAAGUGGGGCUUCUUUGGUUCCUAUCCUUGGAAAUGAGUCGGGAAUGACUCCUCUACACUUAGCCGCUUUCUCGGGAAAUGAAAACGUUGUGAGACUGUUACUGAAUUCUGCUGGAGUACAAGUCGAUGCCUCAAGUCGAGAGAAUGGUUACAACCCAAUGCAUCUCGCUUGUUAUGGGGGACAUGUGACUGUUGUCGGUCUGUUGUUGAGUAGAUCUGCUGAAUUGCUCCAGAGCGUGGAUAGGCAUGGAAAAACAGGGCUUCAUAUCGCUGCUACCCAAGGACAUUAUCAGAUGGUAGAGGUUUUACUCGGUCAAGGUGCAGAAAUUGACGCAGCAGACAAGAAUGGAUGGACCCCCUUACAUUGUGCCUCGAAGGCAGGAUGUACUGAUGUUGUCGUGCUCCUAGUUGAGUCAGGAGCAUCCCCAAAAUCUGAAACUAACCAAGGUGCCGUUCCUAUAUGGUUCGCCGCUUCCGAGGGCCACCAUAGCGUCCUAGAGUACCUCAUGACUAAAGAACAUGAUACGUAUGUGCUAAUGGACGAUAAGAAAUUCGUGUAUAACCUCAUGGUGUGCUCGAAGAAUCAUAACAAUAAACCGAUUGAAGAAUUUAUUCUUGUUUCGCCAGCACCAGUGGACACAGCUGCGAAAUUGUCCAAUAUCCUGAUCGUUCUGUCCAACAAAGAGAAAGAGAGAGCUAAGGAUCUCAUUGCUGCCGGAAAAUUCUGCGAAUAUAUGGCUACAGAGCUCCUAGCUCUUGCAGCAGGUGCUGAUUCGGCUGGAAAAAUAUUAACUUCAACUGAUAGGAGAAACGUUGAAUUUCUUGAUGUUCUCAUUGAAAACGAGCAGAAGGAAGUUAUUGCUCAUACAGUGGUGCAGCGAUAUCUUCAGGAACUCUGGAGAGGAGCACUGAACUGGAGGGCCUGGAGAACUCUAUUACUCUUCGUGGUUUUUAUUUUCUGCCCACCAGUGUGGAUAGCUUUCACUCUUCCUCUAGGUCACAAAUAUAAUAAAGUACCAAUCAUUAAGUUCAUGUCGUACCUAACUUCGCAUAUUUAUCUCAUGUUUCUUCUUCUGAUAGUUGCUAUCCUCCCACCCUAUCCAGUUGUACGAAAUAAUUUGAUACCUUAUUGGUACGAGUGGAUUCUACUUGUUUGGCUUAGUGGCCUUCUCUUAUUCGAAUUAACCAACCCCAGUGACAAAUCUGGAUUGGGUUGGAUCAAGCUAUCUGUACUCCUUUUGAGUAUAUUCGGUGUCGCAACUCAUGUAAUUGGCAUCCUCUUCGUAGAAAAAGCCAACUGGCCUACCCUUAUGUACUGCAGGAACCAGCUUUUCGCCCUUUCAUUCGUACUGGCGUGCGUGCAGAUUCUAGAUUUUUUAUCGUUUCAUCAUCUCUUUGGACCCUGGGCCAUCAUUAUUGGAAAUUUGAUGAAGGACUUGGCCAGAUUUCUGGCCGUUCUGGCAAUUUUCGUUUUCGGGUUCUCGAUGCAGUUCGUGGCCUUAAAUCAGUCGUUUUAUAAUUUGAGUCCGAACCAAGUGAGGAGCCUGGCCAGACCGAGAAAGCUAAUUUUAUUCAGUGAUGUCCAAAAGAACCCGAUCAAAUCGUUCGAACAUUUGUGCUUUGCUAUUUUCGGCCAAGCCCGUAUCGAGGACUUGAAAAUCGCUGGUUACGAUUUUUACACGAAUCAUAACAAUCAACCGUAUUGGACCGAGUUUCUGUUCAAGGCGGUAUUUGGAGCUUAUAUGCUGGUAUCUGUAGUUGUUCUGAUCAAACUCCUCAUUGCCAUGAUGACCGAUACUUACCAACGAAUACAGGCUCAAUCCGAUAUUGAAUGGAAAUUUGGACUGAGCAAAUUGAUCCGUUCAAUGCACAGAACUACCACUGCUCCUAGUCCUAUAAAUCUCAUCACUACAUGGCUGUUCUACCUAGUGGAUAUAUGCAAGCAGCGAAUGAGAAGACAGAAGCGGCAAAGUCUCGUACACUUGAUGGAUUCGUUCAAGAAACCUCAACACAUGAGUCCCCGUUCCAAAGCCGGUGCCAAAUGGCUGUCCAAAGUCAAGAAGGGUCAAGUUGCUCCUAAGGAAUCUGUGGCCCUCUCUGUUGCUCAUAUGAGUCCAUUCGGCUCUCAGUUGAGUCUUAACGUCACCACAACCCGAAUAGAACAUGUCACCGAUUGGGAAGCGAUCGCCAAGAGGUACAGGGCUCUCGUUGGUCACAUAGACGAAGUCAAAGAACAUACGAGCGAGAAUGAAGAUGAAGAAGAUAGUGAUAACGAAGUUAUUAUAGCGAAUAAUGUGGGUCCUUCAGGGCAGACAUGA